AUGCCCUCCUUCUCCCCUUGUUUUGCAGGGAAUUUCAAAGGUCUGUGCAAGCAAAUCGAUCACUUCCCAGAGGAUGCAGAUUACGAAGCUGACACAGCAGAAUAUUUCCUCCGGGCCGUGAGGGCCUCAAGCAUUUUCCCGAUCCUGAGUGUGAUUCUGCUUUUCAUGGGUGGCCUCUGCAUUGCAGCCAGCGAGUUCUACAAAACUCGACACAACAUCAUCCUGAGUGCCGGCAUCUUCUUCGUGUCUGCAGGUCUCAGUAACAUCAUUGGCAUCAUAGUGUACAUAUCUGCCAAUGCCGGAGACCCCUCCAAGAGUGACUCCAAAAAGAAUAGUUACUCAUACGGCUGGUCCUUCUACUUCGGGGCCCUGUCCUUCAUCAUCGCCGAGAUGGUCGGGGUGCUGGCGGUGCACAUGUUUAUCGACCGGCACAAACAGCUGCGGGCCACGGCCCGCGCCACGGACUACCUCCAGGCCUCUGCCAUCACCCGCAUCCCCAGCUACCGCUACCGCUACCAGCGCCGCAGCCGCUCAAGCUCGCGCUCCACGGAGCCCUCACACUCCAGGGACGCCUCCCCCGUGGGUAUCAAGGGCUUCAACACCCUGCCAUCCACGGAGAUCUCCAUGUACACGCUCAGCAGGGAUCCCCUGAAGGCCGCCACCACGCCCACCGCCACCUACAACUCCGACAGGGAUAACAGCUUCCUCCAGGUUCACAACUGUAUCCAGAAGGAGAACAAGGACUCUCUCCACUCCAACACAGCCAACCGCCGGACCACCCCCGUAUGAAAACCGCGGGGCCUCGCCAG